AUGCCAAAUACUGCAAACUUGGACAACCCUUCAUGCACUGCUCUCACCCGAAGUAAAUUAAGGACUCAACACAAAGAUGGGGCACUUAGGACGUGCGGUAAGCCCAUCAGGUACCUUCCCGGUGAUAGCGGGAAUGAUCCGAUCUGUUAUUCAUGUAGAGAUAACAAAAGUGCAAUGGAAGAGUAUGACAGUCGAUCUGGUCGAACAGAGACGGAUCUACUGAGGGAUUGGAAAUCUUAUCCCAAGGAGGCAAAUAAGCCUGAAAGAUGGAAGGAAUUCUCAAGACGACGGAGAAAAGAGAGGAUCAGCAUGAAGCGCGAUUGUUCUCCCAUGUCUGUUCAAGAGACUCAUAAGUUGCCCAUCCAGUAUCCAACUGACUUCCUGAGUCCAUUCCUCCAACACUCAGAAAUCACUCCAAGUCAAGAUAAUCCGCCUCAAAACCCUUCCGACGAUAGAAUCUCAUAUUACGAUCCAGAGGUAGAUCAGCAAACGGACACAUCGACGUUGUUGAGCGUUGGAGGCCCGCUUACUGGACGUGAUCCGGACAUGAGUAUCCAGCCCAAUGCGGAUAUCGAUAUUAACUUCCUUCUGGAGUCACCUUCUACGCAGUUAAGUACAUCUCCGCAGACCAGAUACGAACAAAGCUUUGGGUGUGAAGAUCUGUCAAGUGCUAGCCACCAAGACAUCAUUCUGAACGUAAACCAGAUGGGCUCGUCCUAUAAGUCUGCAUCUCACCGAGCCUGGAGUCAGCCGGAAAAUGGAUACUCUUUUGAAAAUCCAUCAGUACAGUCUCAGUGGGAAUCAUCUUCAAUCUAUUUUGCCUCGGCUACAGAGGAUUGCCCAUUGUCCAAUCCGCCACUAGCGAGAAAUAGUAACCUUCCUGCUCCCAUGAAUUCAACGGAAGCCAUCAUGGAGGGUGUUGAGGAAUAUAGCAACGGUACACAAGAGCUUGAGAGGAUGAUUCACGAAUACUUAGAGGCAAAUGAUACUGCAUCUUCACAUUUUUAG